AUGCCUUCCUCACACCGUGGUGUCUCUCACGAUCGGAAAAUCCCUCACCAGUUAUCCCGUUCUCAGCCCCCACUUGACGUCGAAGAGCGAUCUGCGAGAGCUCGUUCUCGUGGUCGAGAAGUAGGCGAGUCUUUGUUCGUAGAAGACCACAAAGGGGAUCGUCAAAAUUUGACAUAUGGGUCGUUGGAUCGACAUGCUAUUCCGCGCUAUCGACUAGCCGGUCACGGUGGCUUGCUCGGUUUGGGUCCGAAUUAUCGCAUAAUCUCACGGUCAGAGUCUCACCUCGAUGUGGAAAAUGUCGAGAUUGAUUCAACACGAAGGUCCCGUAAACAGUCUCUACUUUGGAACCUUCCCAAUGACGAUCAAGAAGUGCUGAAUGUUCAGUCUGGAGUUAGCAACGUACCAGAUCUCCACAAGGACUUCCUGAGGUUGGACCAUGAUCAUCCAAGGAAACGGAGACGAAUCUUGCCAGGUUUGGAGCAUCCGAGUUUGGAAGGCGACGAAAGUGAUGAGUCGGACUCGGAUAUCCAAGGGCGUGCAAGUUCUGAGAAUGCCUUUGAGGAUUUCAAAAGAAACCCUGUUCAUCAACGUCACAUCGAACUCUUGAGAGCCACGGAAGCGAGGCCCGAGGACGUGUCGGCCUGGCUUGCCUUGAUAGAGUAUCAACCGGUCUUCUUCAGCAGUGCACACGACUCCCACAGCUCCGGUCCUUCCUCGUCCAGGGGCAUUGUCGAUCUGAAAAUAUCGCUGUAUGAGCAAGCAUUGUCACGCGUUAAGGCUCGCGAAGAUAGAAUUGUUCUGAUCGUCGGUCUCAUGGAGCAGGGGAAGAUGGUUUGGGAUGCAGAUAAGCAGGCCUCCAAAUGGCGAACCUUCCUCGACGACGAUGCCACAUUCGACUUAUGGCGGCUUUACCUCAACUUUGUCCAAACCAAUCACGUCAAAUUUAGCUUUGAGGAUUGUUUGAACACCUAUAAGCAGUGGCUCCACGAGACUGAAAAUGCGUGUGCAGACCGGACGAAAGAUACGAGCUAUAUAUACAUUCUGUUACGCUUGACCUUGCUUCUGUGGCAAUCCGGUUUUACCGAGCGCGCGGUUGGAAUUUGGCAAGCGCUCCUCGAAUUCAACUACUUUCGUCCCCCAAACCUCCCUUGCGCCGAGCUCGUACCAUCAUUCCAGGAGUUCUGGGACAGCGAAGUUGCACGGAUUGGGGAGGAGGGCUCGGCAGGGUGGCGUUCAAAUGCAAGUGCGGAGAUCGAGCCAAAAAGCGACAAAAUCUUCCAUGUGCAAGAUAUGGAUUUCGAUGCCUGGGCAUCCGCCGAAAAUGGCCUCGAAAAGACAGCAGGAAUGCCUGCAAGGGCUCUCGAUGAGGUCGACCAGGAUGAUCCGUAUCGCGUUCUUCUGUUCCCGGAUAUCAGAGACUUCCUCUUCUCCCCGACCACAGAAGAGGGCUCCUGGCUACUGCAGGACGCCUUCUUAUUGUUUUUAGGGCUUCCCCCACUCUCAUCACUACCUGAGUCCAGGGUGUGGGAAAGAGACCCCUUCAUCUACAGCCAGUCCCCUGCGUACAGCAUCUCUUUGCUAUCUGCUGGUCUUGUGGAUUACAAUUUUCCCAUGCGCAUGCGCUUUCAAGAAGUCUUUCUAGAGUCUCGGCAAUUGAACUCCGGGACACACAACAUUCCAUUUUCUCUCCCAGAGAGAGUCAUCGCCUCCUAUUUCGGCUUUGCUCGCCGGACCAUAUGUCAACUUGCAGGACUGGCUUUCGACGGAGAACUAAGAGAAGCACAUAUGGAAUAUGCGAUUGCUUUAGAAGCUGGAUUUGAUUUGAAAUCAGCCAGAAAACAAACGAGGUCGUUUCUGAAGCAUAGGGCUGACAGUUUGAGACUCUAUAAUGCAUAUGCACUGCUUGAGUGCCAUCUGGAGAACUUCGAGAGCGCAGAAAGGGUUUGGUCCACAGCACUGUCGAUGCGAUACUCGCUCAGCCAAGAGAUUCAAAUUGAUUCAUUCCUUCUGUGGCGCGAUUGGGCAUAUUCGUACAUGUGCCGGAGACAAUUUCGACAUGCUAGGACUCUCCUGGGCAUGAUAACAGACCCCCAGGUGGACAUAUCUCGGCUUCAACAAGAAAUCGAAGCCAACACUAAACCCUCUGCUGCCCUGCAGAUUAAGGUCGAGCAAUACAUCAAAACGCAUAUCGAGGGGAGCCGCUCCCUGAGUCGAGCAGAGCGAUUACCGGCGUUGGUCGACAUCCUGGCGUUUCACAAGUAUCUCAAUGCCGAUUUAUCUCUUGAAAUUGCUCUAGAAACAUACUCUGCAUCUCUCAAAUCGCUCGCUGGUCUGUCGACAAUCUCUUCUGCCGUACUUGAGGCUAUUCACGAGCACCGAGCUCGCUUUAUCUAUUCCCAUUCGGUGACUUUCGGAAGGUCUUUCAAACCGAGCGAGCUUGGUCUUGUACUGAAGGGCUCGGCAGAAAUGUUUCCCGAUAACCUCAACCUUCUCCUGCUCCAUCAUUAUUUCCUUCAGAAAGCCGGGCUAUUUGACCGCCUGCGGCAGGUCAACCCCGAAGCAGAAGGACCGCGCCAUAACCAAAUCAAAGCAAGUGUGAUUCCUUGCGUGUUUGACCUAAUGGUAGAACUCAACAGACCAUCGUACGCGGGGAGCACAGAUCACUGCAUCCGCUCGGCUUUUAAACGAGCAACUCAGCUAGGGUCUCCAGGGCAUGAUAGUCUCGAAAUAUGGAAAUCAUACGUUCUCUGGGAGACAUCCCUAUUGAAGUUCCAUGAUUAUUCGGGUCCACAGAUGAAGAAAUCCACUCAACAUAAAGAGAGGGCACCCUAUCACGCAGCUAUGGCAACACAGUCUUUUUAUGCGUCGCUUCGCGCAUGCCCGUGGUCAAAGGAACUAUGCAUGCUGGGAUUUACAGAGCCUGUGUUGAGAAACGCAAUUGGCGAUGAAAAGCUUCGGCAAGUGUAUCAAAAUAUGCUAGAUAGAGGUAUGCGGCUGCACAUAGACAUCUCCGAUACCUUUCUGUAG